AUGAUUACCGAGUGGAGGCGCAGUGGAAAGAACAGUAAACUCAGUUUUACGCAGUUCGCCAGCAACUAUUUUGACGGCCCGGAGCAGUGGAACUGCGCGAAUAUCGGCAACGUUGAUUGCUCAACCACAGUCCAGUGCCAGGAUACGAAUCGUCCAGCAGGCUUCCUUCUCCUAAACGCUUUCUCUGGUAUUCAUCAGCUGCACGCUGAAACCUCUGGUGCACUUCAGACGGCCAUGGCGGAAAUUCAGAGCAAAAUUGGUGACUUUACCGCCACCUUCGCUCCUCAGUCCGAUGACUCCAAGACAAUCCAGGCGAUUAUUGACGGUUUGAGCACAAUCUUUGGGUUUGGAAUCUCUGGAAUUUUUGCAACGGUUGAGAAGGACGUCGCCAAGGCGGCCACAGGUCUCGGAUCCAGCCGUAAAAGUAGCCAAAGUUCUAAGAGUGGAAAAUCUGAAGCCGAACCCUCUGACAGAACCCCUGAUGGAACCACUGGGGAGAGCUCCGAUGCAUCCACUAAUCGUGACGAUGAAGAGCGAGACCCUGACGAGAUUCAGGAACUUGGUCCCGCAACCAAGAGAUCAGCGCCCGCCCCUCGAUGGAAGAGGGGUACUGGAUUCAACGCGGAAGGGUUUGCACACGACAUGGCGUUCCAGCUUGUCGGUCUCACGGGAGCUUGGGUCAAAGACAAUGUCCCUCAGGUUCAUGACAAGCUCGAGGCGCAGAACUCUCUGAGCUCUGCUCUUGGUGAUCUGUUCAAAUCUUGGACGGACAUGGAGGCCGGAUAUCUCGAAAACAUCUUCUCUGGCGAGGAGUCGUCCCUGCAAAACCUUCAAGACCUCAUUGGAGAUGGCAAGAUGAACUACAUGCCCAGCACUCUCAACCAAAACGCAAUGGCAAAAGAGGUCGUGUCAGUGCUCUACGGCCAGCUUAUGCCUACUGCAUGGAAGGCUGCCUCCAACGGCGCAGGAGCCCAUCCGUUCGUCCUGAAGACAGACAUUAGCUGUGAUGAUCACUCGGCUGAUUUCAAGCAACCCAAUCAGUCUUCGUUGAAUGAUGGCUAUGAAGGUCUGAUGACCGAUGAAGAUUCCGCCCAGACACGUGUGUGCUGGAGAGACAACUGGGCUUUCCUGGUGAACGCCAACGAGUGGGACUUCUACAGACAGGUCCACUUUACGCCGCUUCCCGGCGCGGACAACUCCACGCUCUCCCAGAACUGGGGCGGCAUCACGCUUGAAGACAUUGUGUCCAGUGCCAUCACGGGCUACGAGGGACGCGGUGGCGGUAAGAACGGCUACGACACGCCGGCUAUGAACGAGAUUCUGAAAAACUUCGGGAAGUCCCAAUACGGGAAGACCGUCCGCUAUCCCGGGUUCUUCAACAUCCCCGUGUGCGAGAGCGUGGAACAGGCCAAGUCUGGGAUUAGGUCCAACCACAAAGCAAACUCGCCUUACUGGCCUUGCGCUGAACCCCCGAACUACAACAGCAAGGGCACGACCAUUCACGUGAACCACGGCUACAUCAACAUCAACGAGAAGCCCGUCUGCGACUCCUUCACCAUCUCCGACCCCGGCAACGGUGACACCCUCAGCGCCACCAUCUACGCCGGCUUCGACGGCAGCAACACCGCCGAACCCACCGUCUCGCCCAAGUGCAAACUGAGCGCCUCCUGGCCCAAGUCGUACGGCGACAUCUACUAUGGUGAAGACAACUGUCUAUAUGACAGCGAGUCACAGCAGAUUAAAUACAAGGGCAACGCCCAGUGCUGUUCUGAGAGCGAGGGCCUUGAGGGGGUUUCGAACCCUUAUGUUGCUGGGGCGGAGUGCCAGAGUUCUUAG